AGCAACCGGCAUGGAGACAAAGAAGCUUCCUAACCUAAUCUUGCGGAGUCAGCGGCAGUUCAGGGAUUUGUUAGCUCGACUCCAGAAAUGUGAGGGUUUAAAAUAUGUAAAUCCAUAACCUAGCACUUGGUAAAUCAACCUAUACACAAUUGAUCUAUCUGAAGAACAUGGUAUGAGCAUGGGAUACACCGAGUAUAUGGAUCCAAAAAGAGGUAAUGCAUCGCCUGGCCCAGGCCACAGUCUGACUGGACCGCCCAGAGGACAGAUGAGUUUAAAAAGCAGCCCGUUCUGCCCUCGGUCGUCGAGCAGACUAACUCAGUGCAUUAUUCAAGACCAUAUGGUGUCCCAUUAUAAAAAGGUAUAUUCAGCUAAAGCUGCCAUUGAUUCAUCAGUACCCAAAAGUAUGCUAAGCAGUGUAAAAUACAAUGACCAGAUACGGCGGGAGCAGUUGAGGAAAGAUGCGUCUAGGUCUGAUAGACGGCCUCAGUCAGCUGGUUCACACUCACAGAGGAGCAGCAGAGCCAACACCAAAGCCUCCUGCCCAUCACAAAAUACACAAAGUGGAGCAGGUCAAGAAAGUGCCUAUUUCUACCUGGGAAGCUCAAUGAUUUCUACUCCAAGAAUCAACACCUCCUUUCACGCCAAGCAAAUAGUUUACCCGUCCCAAAUGGUCGGAGGGUCUGGGAGCCCCCCGCACUUCUUCCACUGUGCAUCAGAGUACAGCUAUAGGAGCCCAAACUCCCAGAGGCAGCAGCUAGCCCGCUCCACCACAGGUACCCAGAGUGGCUACAAGGCCUUUCAGGACCCUGUCCAGAAGACCUACAGUGGGGACCUGAUUCAGAAACACGCCCACCGCUUCACCCAGGACAAGCCCUUCACUCCCAGGACUCUGAAGUCAGACAGCAGGUCCUAUCUGUCUCAGUAUCGCUACUACACACCUCCUCGCUGUAAACCAGCCCUGGACCAGGAGAGGACCAUCCCCAGGAUGACACGGCAGGAGACCUAUCAUGGAAGCACACGAACCAAGGAAUGCUCAUCGGCUGAAUGGGAUGAUCAACCCCUGGGACAUGGUACAGAGCAUGAGUGGUCGGAUGCAGACGAUGAGUCCCAUACACUGAAUCUGUCAGCAUUUGGACAACGAAGCAAGGGAAACAAGAGCGUAAGCAGCGAUCACUUCCAUCCCUCAUUCAGGGUUUCACCAGAAGGAAUGACAUCUCCUAUCAUGAAGAGGGUGUCUGCAGAGGAGGAAGAAUUUAUGUACCUUGAAUUUAUUGCUGAUGUAACAAAUGAAAUCUUGUCCAGGGGCCUGUACUCUGACAGGGUCUUAGAGCGGGUGUUUGAACGUCACGUUGACAAGAAUAAACAUCUAUUGGAUGAGGACAAAAUGUGCCACCUUCUGGAGACUCUGCGCAAUGACUUGCAAAGUCCAGCCAACACACCUACCUUUAGUGCAGAGCCUAAGAAUGGUGUGGAGACAGAGCUUGACCUUCUUCAUAGUCAUCUACAGGGUCUGGAGUCUCUGGACAGAGGAGCACUAUCAGAAACCAAAGAGGACAAUGACCUUUUUCCCUAUGCAUUGUUUAACCAGGACAGUGGUGGGCUGGAGAAUGUUGUUCCGUUGUCAGUGUCCACACCGUUAUAUGGUAGCCCUCCUAAGAGGACUGACUCUGACAGUCUGCCUGUUGGUUCACCUGAUGCUGAUGGAGGUGCAGAGGGCCUGGAUGAGCACAAUCAUGACAGGGAAAAUGACUUUCCUCCUUUACUUGGUGAAAAUACCCCUCUGACCCUUGAGGAGGACCACAAUCAAAACCUAGAAGACAAUUAUGAUGGACUAUCCAAAGACCUGGAAGAUCUCGAGAGAAAUCUUUUCGAGUCGUUGCAUGUUUCCAAUGCACCUAAUUCCGCAGGGCCAGUAGUCACUGAGAAUAUAAACACAGUAGCCUCUUUCAGUGAUGAUGAGUUCUGA